CACCAUCUCAAGCUGUUGGUAUUGUACCUUUGUUUAUUAAAGUUCAAUCAGAACAAGACUCUCAAUCAAUUGGUGUUUCAGAUGUUUCAAAUGAAGAAAGAACAGCUAUUAUUCUUGAAAAUCUCACAAGUUACCAAAAUCAAUGGAAUUCAAAACCACCAAAGGGAUUGAAAGUUGGUGAUACUGUACUCUUUCUAGAAAUUAAAAAAAAUAAUGAUUUAAAAAAAAUAUUGAUUUUGUGUAAAAUUCAUAAGGUAAUACAAGAAGACACUAAACAACUUGAAUUUUUGGAAGAUGGAAUCAAUAGCCUUCAAAAAAAAGGUUCAUACUCUGGUUUUGUAGGAGGUAACAAGUUGGUUCUUUAUAAACAAUCAACAGUUGAUAUUUUUAGAACAUCGCCAAACAUACAAAAAGAUAUAGAUUCUUUUACUUCUGGUCUUUAUUUAAAUAAUGAUGGGAAAGUUAUUGAAUUUCUGCAUCAAUUGGUAACACAAAAUGAUCCAUUUAGGGUUUUGGAAGAUGCUCUUAACAAUCCAUCAAAUAUUCCACCUAUCAUUAACGAUAAUCCAUUUCAACACAAACUCAAUAAUGAAAUGGAACAAGAAGAAAUACUCCCAUUUUUAAAUAAUAAUCCAACAGCGCCAAAUUUAAUGAAUUGUUUGAGACAGGAUAUGAAUUUAAAAGAAAUAGUACCACCAAUACCUCAAGUACAAAUAAUACCAUCAUAUACUAUACCACAAUCUGGUAGAGGUAUAGUAACAACUGUUAAACGUCUCAGAGGCCGUCCUCAUAAGAUACCAAUUGUUAAUAAACCUCCUUAA